GGAUUUGGUAUAUGAUCAGGAUUCAGGAUGACUAUGGAAUGGAAUUGAUAUUCGUAUAAAAUCAGCCUUGGCUGCAUCGGAUGAUAUGAAGGAGUGAGGGGGGGAAAUGGCAAGGACAAGCAGAGGUCGGCAGAAAGUUGAGAUGGUGAAGAUGGUGAAAGAUAGCAAUCGGCAGGUGACAUUCUCCAAGAGAAGGUCGGGUCUGUUCAAGAAGGCGAGUGAGCUGUGCACUCUGUGCGGCGUUGAGAUCGCCAUCAUCGUGUUCUCGCCUGGCCACAAAGUCUUCUCCUUCGGCCAUCCCAGCAUUCAGGCACUGCUCGACCGCUUCCUUGCUCGAAACCCUACGAAACUAGCCGCCGCCGCCUCUACCUCUUCCUCUUCCUCCAUGAGCCCUUUCGAACAGCUCUACGAGGCACAUCGCAAUGCUCAAGUUCGUGAACUCAACGCCCAGCUCACCCAGGUGCUACAAGAAGUGGAGAUAGAGAAGAAGCACGGGGAGGAGCUAAACCGAAUAAGGAAGAUAAGCCAAAGCCAUUGUUGGUGGGAAGCACCAGCGAGGGAGCUUGGGCUGGAUCAGCUCCAGCAGCUCAAGGCAGCAUUGCAAGAAUUCAGCAAAAACAUUUCAAGGCAAAAGCUUUUCCUCCAAAGCUGCUCCGCUACUGCUACUGCUACUCCUACUCCUCCACUGCAGUUUUUUGGCCCAGCUAACCCCGCCAUGGCCACACUACCGACUGCAGAUAAUCAUCUUCAAUAUGACAUCAAGAACAUUAAUAACAACAGUAAUAACAAUCUUCAUCUUCAUCAUGGAUAUGGGUCAGGAUUCUACUAAGGGCCGUUUUUUUUCUUCUUCAUAUUUCAACUUCUGGAGGUGUUAGUGUCUCUUUUUUUUUUCUUUCUUUUUUUUCACACUCUCAUGUAUGCUUUCCAGCGUAUUGCAAAUUAUAUAUGAUACAAAUGUCAAUAUGUGGAAUAAAAAUUAAGAAACGAGAAUAAACUAUGCAUUCUCUGUUGUAGAGCCAAUUUUGGACUCUGCUUAAUCUUUUCCUUGCAUAUAUAGCUUGCAAACUCUUUAGGUGUCGUUUGGAUUAGAGAUUUUGAUAACGAGGGAUUUUUAAUUAAAAUCUCUCGUUUAAAAUACCUGGAAAUUUCAUGUCUUCCAGUGAUGAAGCCACCCUAAGUUAAGUCUUUCUCAACUUGCAAAAUCUUUUAAAACGACAUGUAAAUUUUGAUAAUACAUUUGAGAAAUAUAGUAAUUGUUAAGGAUUUAGUCCCCCACCAGUUUGAAUUCUCCGAGCGUAGAUUUUCACCCCGUAUUUAGAAUUCUGGUUUUGCCACUAAUGUCGUCUAAAAAGAAGCGGCAACGAUAUUAACGUCCGUAGGGCACAAAAAAUGCAUACUCUUUUAUUUGGGAUUUGGAUAAAAAUUGGAUUGGCAUACCCACUUCACCAAGUGAUACAGGGCCUAAGUUCAGGUCCUUAAAUCAUCUUUUUUAAGGAGGAUCUUAAAGAGUUGUGAUUGGCUGAUUUAAUUUUAGGUAGUUAUUGAAUAGUUAUUAGUUAAAUAGUUGUUAGGGUUAUUAAGGGAAUUACAAUUAAAUUAAAACCGUAACCCUACUGGUGUAUAUAUACCCUAGCCGAACUGUUUCUCUCCAUAAAUUUCAUCAUUGUCUUCCCGUUUCCGUCAUGCAAGUUUCUUCGGCCAGAUGUUUGACACCGUCUUUGUCCUGACCGUCGUCUGUCCGUCUUCAUUUCGCUGAAAGACAGUCGCUUGCCGUUUCUCUCCACAAAUUUCAUCAUUGUCUUCCCGUUUCCGUCAUGCAAGUUUCUUCGGCCCCAUGUUUGACACCGUCUUUGUCCUGACCGUCGUCUGUCCGUCUUCAUUUCGCUGAAAGACAGUCGCUUGCCGACGUAGAUUGGUCUUCUGGCGUCGCACUCUCGUUCCCGCCGUUGUGAAGCAAUGCCCGUCCCCUUUGCUCAACAGCUGCCACCUACGUCCAUCACUCCCCAGCUUCCGUCGUCGGAGCGAUGCGUCUCGCAAUAUCGACUUCCUGUGUCACUAGCAUUGAAGUCGUUCCCAUCGGGUGUCCGUUCAGUCCGCGACCACUGCUCCCUGCGCUCCCCUCGACGACGUUCAAGGUAAUCUCCAUGUCCAUAUUUUAUCAACAAGUUUAACCGGCGUCGUAGCUAUUAAUAACAUUUCUUUACCAUGUAUUAACGUUACUGAUUAUUAACGUUUCAGCACAACCUUAUUAACGUUUCUUAUGCAGUUAUUAACGUUUCACUGAUACAUUAUUCAUAUGUAACACGACGUUAUUAGUAAUGUGCUCGUCAUUAACGUUUCUUUACCAAUUGUUAAUAUUUAACACAUGCACUAUUAACAAGUCCAAAUUGAUCCUUUUUCUGGCGCUAUUUCCAUGAAAUUGCUUUUUUCGUUUUGAUGAUUAUGAUCCUUUGUUAUGGCUGCUUCUUUCUAACAUUAGCAUAGUGGAAAUUGUUUCUUGGUAGUCGAAAUUGAUUCACUGAUAAAGUUUAUUAGAAAUU